AAUCACUUUCAAGUUUCAACUCCAUCGCGAAUGGUGCUCUCUGUUCAGAAAUACACAAUGGCAGCUUUUCAUUACAGGAAAACACUCUCUCGAGCUUUCUCUUUCGCUGCUGCUUCAGCUUCACUUACCAAAACCCUAAGCACGCAUAUCGCACCAUGUUCUUCGCAUUCGUUGUUGUCUCGCUCACUACAAACACUGGCCUUCCGCAGUACAAUCGCCAUCCCCAACCUCGGCAUCAGCUCCUGCCCCUGGUCUAUCAUCCAACACCGGGACGUCUCUGUUAGUGCCUCCGAGCUAAGACCUGGGAAUGUCAUUGAAAAAUCAGGACGCAUUUACCAGGUGGUAGAUGCAGAGCAUAAGAUGCGAGGAAGAGGAGGAGCUGCAAUGCAGGUGGUGUUCCGUUGCAUUGACACUGGAAACAAAAUAAGCUUUCGAUUUGGUACAGAUGAAGCUGUUGAAAGGGUAUUUGUUGAGGAAAAAUCAUUCACGUGUUUGUAUACAGAAAGUGAGACUGCUUUUCUAAUCGAGCCUGAUACCUUUGAUCAACUGGAGGUUCCUUUGGAUCUGUUUGGCAAGGCUGCUUCAUAUCUCAAAGGUGACAUGAAGGUUAGAUUGCUGUUGUAUGACGACAGACCAUUGUCUGGAUCAAUUCCAAAGCAUGUGACCUGCACUGUUAAGGAGACACAGCCUCAUGUGAAGGGAAUUUCAGCAACACCGAGGUAUAAAAAGGCUUUACUUGACAAUGGCCUCACUGUUCAAGGUUUAGGUGAAAUUUCAAGUCACCAUUUUUUGGAUUAAAAGGUCUUGUUGGAACUUUCAUUGCGUAGAAGGAUGCCAACAUUGAUAUGGGGUGUUGACCCCUUUUCAAAGUCAGAAAAUAGAACACACAUUGAUGCAUUUAUGAUUUGUAUUUAAAAAGUGCAUGGCAUUAAUGUGUUGCCUAUAAAGUGCAUUUUAUUAAUGUGGUAAAUGAUGACAUGACUUUGGAAGGGUAAAAUCAGUUAUAUGACGUCAUAUAACUGAUUUUACCCUUUCAUAACCAGGAAAUAGAACAUGUGCUCACCCCCUACAUUUGUCUAGCAUGCCAUUUUUAAAUAGCUGUGCAAAAUUGAUUAUACAAUUUGUAUUCAUAAUGUGGAGUUUAUUAUUUACAUUUAUUUGUAAGGGUAGUAUAGUCAAUAUACUAUUUUAAGUGUGUUUAUAAACUUUUAGGGCUUUUGUUUGUAUGCAAUAUGUGAGACUGCAUCUCUCUCAUGGACGGUUAUUGUUCAUCUCCGUCUACUCUAGCAAUUCUCUGUUUCUCUAUACAUAACGUGCAUUGCAUUAAUGUGUUACCUAUAACCUAUGGAUUUCAAGCUCUAAGAAGAGGAGGAAAGGAGGACAACAGAAAAGAAAUGAGGGAACUUCUUAUGGUUUUGACAGCUACCUAUACCUCUGCUUCUGUAUUCAUUUUCAUUUAUCAAUGAUGAAUGUGUGAGAACAAUGUGUCUAAAGACUCUAAACCAUACUGUUUUAUAAUAAGAAGAGUUCUUGGGACUGUUGAGGGAUUUUAGUUGUUUUAUGUGGCCCAGUGGUAGAGUUGCAGGGGUGCAACCUAGAGGCCACAUGUUAAAUUCUUGGAAACAGUCUAUCCACAUAUUGUGGGAGGGUAAGGUCUACUACAGCUUGCAUGUUCCAUUGCAGGAAUCUUGUGCACUGGUGUUGUUUACCUUUGUCUUUUAGAUGCUUAUUUGGUUGAAUUUUGCAUGGUGUACCAUAGGCGUAGGGUUUUCAGGACAAGCUUUUUUGGCAUAUAUGCGACGUUACUUGUAGCAAAUUCUGUGAAUCUUAUCUCUUCUUAAUUCUACU